GUCAGAUUACGUAACCGCUGUUCCAGGGCAGCUCUGUCAACUUCCCUUGCUAACAACGCAAUCUCUGGUUUGCAACGACUCCGCGGCGAAAAAGAUACACUCGAGUUCUGUCAGCAUGUCCGUUCGCUCAAUUUUCACUGGCCGUAUGGGCCUCUCUACGGCCGGUGCCGUCGCCCGUACCUCUCAAAUUGGCUCACAAGGAGCAUCGGCGCAACUUGCUCGCCUCCACUCGACUGCCGUCCGUCCGUCGUGUGCCAUCCAAAACCAGGACCUCCGACCUCAUGUUCGAGCUUCUACCCUUUCACAGAGCCGCCCAGCUGGUCUGCGUGCGCAGUCCACCUCUGCAGGGGCCAAGGAUGAGGUGAAGCUCGACUGGGAUUCCUUUUUCAAGCUCCGAGCUUCUCGCCGUCGCUACUCCCUGUCGUCCUCGAUUAUUAGCUCCCUCGUCUCUACCUCGGUCGGUGUGCAGGUUCUUUCAUCGCAGGAUUUGGAGUCUCUGGGUGCCCAGGUGAUGGGCCUGGAUCCGUUCGUCGUUCUCGGUAUGGCGACCGCUGCCUGUGGUGCUAUUGGCUGGUUGGUUGGCCCAGCUGUUGGCAAUGGUGUCUGGGGCUUGGUUUACCGCCGGUAUAAGCCUUCCGUGGCAACAAAAGAGAAAGAGUUCUUCGACCGUAUCAAGCGAUUCCGAGUUGACCCGUCCACCAACUCGAUUGCGAACCCUGUCCCCGAUUACUACGGCGAAAAGAUUGGCAGCGUGCAGGGAUACCGACAGUGGCUCAAGGAUCAGCGAGCAUACAACCGCAAGCGCCGUAACUUCAUUGCCUAAUUUCGCUCCUACCUUGAGAUGAUGGAGAGGCAUCAGCUCUUUCUCUUUUAUUUGUGUGUAUACGGUUCAAACUGCCUGGAUUCGGCGGAUUCUGGCCCAAGCAGGGCAAAUUUCUCUUUUCUAUGGAAUCGGUGUUUUGAUUUUUAACCUCAUUAGCGACGCGGGCAAGCCGGGAGAUUGCAAUGUACUUGAAAAUGAUCUUUGGUAUCACCGUCAAUGAACUCCCAUUUCUCUUAUCUCUUUCGUUUGAAAUUUCGUGAUGCCUGGGGGUUUUAUUUGUAAUUUCCCCUUGUUACCUCCCUCGUGAUAGUAUUUGACCUCGUC